AUGAACAGUGAGUAUUCAAAAGUCCGAAGUAUACGACGACCUGUAUCCUUAGGCAAACGAUCGCAAAGAAGUACACGAACGAAAAAGAAGAAGGGCGGUGAUGAGGAGAAAACUCAGGGUGCAACCAAAAAGUCACUCUUCUCUCAUCGUGCCAAAAACGAGACGAAUCCGGAAGAGACGGAAGCUUUUGCGAACAUUUGCCGUUGUCUGAUUGAACACCGUUGGUAUCAUGGUGUAAUGCCACGUGGAGAAAUCAGCACUCUUCUCGAAGACGAAGGCGACUUCUGUGUUCGGAAAACAACUGAAAGAGGAAAACCCAUCGUUUGCAUCUCGGUGAAAUGUCAAAAGGAAGUUCGCCACUUUCCCUUGGUUUUUGAAAACGGUCAAUGGACCUUGAAAAAUCUUAUCAAAACUCGCCGUUUCUACGAAGUCGUUGAACUUCUGAAUGCCCUGGUUACCGAGAAAAUUGCUUUGUCAGGUGCUAUUCUGGUUCGUGCGGUUCCUCGUCCAGACUACUAUAUCCCGCAUAGCGAUAUUUCGCUCAUUUGCAAACUCGGAGAGGGAGCAUUUGGAGAAGUUUGGAAAGGAUCCUUGAAACGCCAUGAAGACGGAAAGGCAAAAAAAGCUGAAGAGAAGUCAGCGGCACCAUCGUCUGCGGCACCGUCGUCUGCAGGAUCUGCUCUAUCGGGUAAUUCCGAGAAAGGCAAGUCCCGACUUUAUGUGGCUGUGAAGAAGAUGAAAGGAAAUGCAACGAAGGCAAUGACUGAGGAAUUCGUUAUGGAGGCAAAACUGAUGCGUCAAUUGGUUCAUCCAAACAUCGUAACGGUCUACGGAGUUGCACCAUCUGAAGAGCCUCUUAUGAUUGUUCUGGAAUUGGCUGGAAAUGGAUGUUUGAAGUCAUAUGUUGCUAAAUACCAGUGCCCACCGGAUCAACUCCUACAAUUCACAGCUGAUGCUGCUCGUGGAAUGGCCUAUUUAUCAUCUAAGCUUGUCAUUCAUCGUGAUUUAGCAGCUCGAAACCUUCUACUCGGGACAUUUGUCGAAGUGAAAAUCUCGGAUUUCGGGUUGUCUUCUUCUGGAAAAACUGAAAUCAAGGUCAAGCAGAUGAAGGUUCCGAUUCGUUGGCUCGCUCCGGAAACUCUUGAAGAGGGAGUGUUCUCCACGAAAACUGAUGUUUGGGCAUACGCUGUAACCCUUUGGGAAAUCUUUACUCGUUGUCAAACUGAUCCAUAUCCAGGUCUCACUAACCAACAAGCUAAAGACUUGAUUAGAGGUGAUGCACUUCCAAUGAAUCCACCAGAAGGUACUCCACCAAUUGUGGCUAAGAUUAUGGAGGAUUGUUUCAAUAAGAAUCCUGAUGAUCGUCCGUCUUUUGCUGCUAUUCUUAAACGCCUCCGUCCAGAUGAAGACGUCUCUGCCUACGAGCCAAAGGAUCAAUCUGUUACCAGUCCAGUCAAAAGAGCAAAUGCUCCUUCCGCUGAACAGUCGGCUCGUAGUAAGAGACCUUCUCGAAAAUAA